CCACUACUACCUUAUCCUUGGUCUGUACUUGUUGUUCUCAUCCUGCCAUUGUCUCUCGAAAAUAUGACCCGACCAGCCGAAAAUGAAGGCCUCUACGACUGAGAAUGACCCAUUCUGCACUACUACCGCAGCAGAAACUACACUUGCUGAUAAACCCCCCCGGGAUAUGAUACUCUUAUUACUCCGGUACAUCAUCAAACCUACUAUUGGAGACCAUCCUAUUAUAAGUGCGACGGCGGCUCCUGCGGCCGUACAAUUCGCUACACCUUCGUGUUUAUUCUAUCUUUACCACUCGUUCUGGUCCUGUAUCUAUCCUAUAAGUGGUACUUACUUCAACGCGCAUCUGCAUGUAGGCCAGGUUCAGUUCCAGCCAUGUAAUGGAUAAUCACCUUUCUUGUUCUCCUUCAGUCCGUCGAGGCAGGUUACGAGGGAGUGGACAAUGUCUGACAUGGCGUUUGCAGCCUGGGAUCUGGGAUUCAAAUGAAAGGGCUCGUUUUUCUAUUAAUUCAUUAAUCUGGACAUUCAUAUUCAUUAAAGUAACACAGACGUGCAGUGAUUUAUCUUUUGUUGCUUCCUUUCAUUGGCAAUUUUAACAUAUCAAUUUGGGAGCCUCUUGGAGCCGUAUAGCCUCUACUUCUCGCCAUGCUGUGGUGCUCCCCCCUUUGGUAUCCUUCUCUAGCUUCCCUUGACAUCCGCCCCAUCUCAACCAUACUGGACCCCAGUACGACACGAUUCUCGCAAUCUCAUCGAGUCCGAAGUACGAAAAGCACAUCGUUUGACACAAUAUUCC